AUGGGCGACAGCGCUGCGAACGGAGAGGCUGAGGCAAACGCCGCCUCCCCAAGCUCCGCACUCGCCUCAGAUGCCUCUCCCGCCAAGACUUCUGCGCCCAGCGGAUGUGCAGCAGACGCUCCAGCCCCCUCAGACGACGCUUCAGAGACGGGCAGGCCCCCGUCGAAACGUCCGCGGGCUUCCGGCGAUGACGCGCAACCGGCAGGCGAAUCCUGCGGCGGUGACGCAGGCGAAGGAGAUGCAGACGGUGCCUUGGAGACGAGCGGGAUCUCGUCUCUGAGCGGCGCUCAUGAAGAGCGAAACGAAGCCGAAGAUGCGGCGCAGAGAGCGCGACAGCAGCAGCUGUACGCCUCAUUCCUCCCUCAAGGCAUGCUGGACGAGUUCGUGCAUGCAGCUUUGUCUCUCGAUGCUUCACUUUCGGCGUCUUCGGCGCGCGAAGGCGCUGGGAACGCGGCGGAGGCGCCGCCCGCCAGGUGUACGUACACCGCAGCGUCGCUUUCGACGGGAUGCGAAGGGCCUCCGCGAUCCAGCGCAGCCUCUCAUCCUCAAUCUCCCGCAGAAGCGUUCCUCAGGUCAGACCGGCAAAGUCUCCUCGCGUUUGCCUCGCUCUUUCACCUUCUUGUCGCGGGCAGAGGCGUAGAGCCGAGGCUGCUGGAAGAAGCUGCAGCGGCAGACCGGCUUGAUGCAGAGGAGGGGCGUAUUUGGGGGGUGAAAGCGGCGGGCGAUGAAAGCGGCCUGCAGGAAGGCGGGGCCGAGAGGAGAGAGUUUUCAGUGGAGACGACAGCCGGCAGGGCGGGCGGCGCGAGCGAAGCGUGGGGCGAGAAAAGGAGGAAGCUUGAAGCCGGCUGCGGUGCAGCGAGUCUGGGCUACGGGCACGACGGCGAAAGGAAGUCCGUCAAAGAGGAACAGAUGGCGAAGCAACUCGCCUCCUCCCCUCUGGUGUUCAUGCGCGGGCGCCACAGUCGCGAACUCCUGGUGCGGCAGCUGCUCAAACAUCUAAAGGGAGAAGACGAUACCGCGCUUCAACAAGGCAGCAAAGAAGGCUCGCCGCGCGCCGCGCCUGGCGUCCCAGGCUCACAAACGCCUCCCAGGGCGAGUGUACGUACACCUCCCGCUGCGGUCUUCGAGGGGUGGAUGAAGGCGCUGAAGGUCUUCCUCUCGUUUCUCUCCUCCAGUGCGCUCAUCGGCAGCCACGCGAAGUCGGUCGCAGUUAUCGCAGUUUUCGAGCUUUUGCUUCGGCUGCUCGCUCCCGAGGAAGAAAUUUUGGCGUCUUCUUCCGCUCUGUUCGCCUCCUCUUCUUCACUGUCUGCGGCGCUCUCGACUGCCUCUCCGCGCCCUGCAGCCCAGGCGCGAAAUGACAAUUUUGAGGAAGCUUCUUCGGGUGCCGAAGCGUCAAAGAAAUCAAAGAAGAACGGCCCGGAGACCUCGAGUCGCCCCGUCCUUGACUUUAACAACUUCGGAGACCUCCUCGUCGAGUUUGUUCGAGCCGUUCCCCUGCUGGAGAUCGGAACGACGGUUCAGUUCCUGGAGCGAAACAAGCGAAGUCUGAUCGCCGCUUUCCACCGAAAGGGCCGAGAGUGUCUCUCUGCCGCAGGCGCGAGGCAGCCGGACCCGGCGCAAGCGAAACGAGCUCUUCAGGCCGCAGGAGCGAAGGUGAUUGGGAUGGUGAAAAGCAUCGAGGAGCCGCUGAUGCAUGCGAAUGAGAAACAGUUCAUCUUCGCGCUCCGGCGCCUGCUGAUGGAGACGCUCUCUCUCACUCACGCAGGCCUAUCAAACAGAACGAUGCAGCGGGCGGAAUCGGCGGCUGUGGUGCUGGACAGCCCUGAUGCCUGGAACGCACUGAGCCGUUUUGAAGCCGGCGACGCGUCGCCUUCGCCGCGCGCGUCUCCGGCGCCUGACCGCAGCCCUGGAAAGAAGCUACCUGGGAAGGCCUCGCCGUCUGGAGGGUCUGCACCGUCGGGCGGCGUCGCGCAGGGCGGGAAAUCCAGCGGAAGCGGAAAGACCGAAGAGAAAAAAUCCACGACGGACUCUGCAGCGGCGGGCGGCGCCUGCUCCUACACAGUCUACGCGGCAUACGGCAAGGCUUUGGCCUUUCUGCAAGCGCCCGACCUCGUCUUGGAGCAGCCGCCUGAGGUGGCGGCGGAUAUUCUCGCCUCACUGGACAUAGUUCUGUCCUACUUCCAGAGGCACCCCACAGUCGCUGGCGGAGCGGAUCUCGCGGCUGCGGCGACCGCGGAGGGCGAAGACCGCCGAGACGCAGGCGCGGAGCGCGCCGGGGAGAAUCUUCUUCUGCUCUCGAGCUGCAGCGGCGGCAGCCGGUACCUGCCCGCGGGCUCUUUCCGCGAAGCCAUCGACACGCCCUUCUUCCGCCGAGAGCUUCUCACGAGCGCCUGCGUCGCGUUCCACUUCCUUGGCCAAGCCGUUGGGCCGCUGCUCCAGGAGAAGGCCCGCGGCGCCGAAGCUGGCGCGAAGGGGACUGCGGCCGGCAAGAAGGAGACAGUCGCCGGCAGGCCUGCCGCCGGCGCCGGGGAGACCGGCGCGCCCGCGCAACGCAUGCAGGCGAAAAUCCGAGAAAGCUACAAGGCACUGAGCGAAAAGACGAAGAAAGCGCUUGGCGCACUGGAAGCUCGCGUCUGGGCUUUGGCUCGUGAGACUUUCGACACGUCCUCCCUCUCUUGCUCACCCUCCCUGCCUCGGGGGUCAUCGCUCUCUGCACUCUCUGCUCUGCCGCCCCAGUCCUCCGGAUGUCCGUCCAAGCGCGCCUCUCCGCCCUUCGCCUUUGCGAGGAUGCAGGGCGAUGCGGAGGACGCGAAAAGCAGCGUGGAGAAGCUGCUGCACACAGAGCAACUCUGGGUGUGCUGGAAAGACCGAAAUUGCUUCGACUCAGUGUUGAAGCCCGUCGGCGCGGAUUCGCUUUCCUUCUCCGCGGAGGACGUCCCUGGACCCCGGCUGCUGCCGUUCGCCGUCCAGGCCGCACUCGCCACCGUUAGUCCACAGAAGGUUUCUCCGGCAAAGGCGACGAAACCCGCGGACCCCGCCGCAAGCAAGGCUGCGGCCGCGAACGAGAAGAGCCUUGCGGCCGCGACGUGCUCCACAGGCUCCGGAGUCGCUGGCUCCGGCGGAGCCAGCGCUGAGGAGUCCGCGGCGAAGGCCGGGAAGGAUGGGCCUGAGAAGGGCGCGGAGAAAGGCGCAGAGAAAGGCGCAGUGAAGAGCGAGAAGAAGGCUGUCGACACUGAGGUCAAGGCAACAGACUCCGCCGCGAAAGACAAAAGGGCCGCUGGUGGCGGCGACAAGGCACCGAGCGCCAAGGCUACCGGAGUUAGUCCUCAGCGGGGUCAGGAGAAAGAAGACGCGGCGAAGGAUGAGAACGAUGUGCGAACUCGGCUUCUCGAAGACGCCAAAAAGCUCGCGGCGCAAGCUGAAGCAUCGAAAGCCUCUUGGUGGCCCCAGGCCAAUGGAGGCGCGACGACGAAGCCCAGUCGAGAGGGCGCGACGAUGCGCCGCUUGGUGGAGUGGCUGCGCUUCUGGGAAGUCUCGGCGGCGGGCGCAGACCGAGCGGCCGCGGUGUUGGCGAUUCCUAAGCCGGUCAACCUCCUGCGGCAAGGCGCGGACUGGUUCCCCAGCAGCUCGCGCGACGUGCCCGCCAACUACGACGAUCUCCUCUUCAUGGAUAAGCUGAAGCUCAAGCUGAAGGAUCUCAUCCAGAAGAUGGACGACGACGAGAAUCCGGAGAAUGACGUGGAAGAGGAGGAGCGAAGCAAGCACAAUCCUGUCUUCGCGCUUCGACUCCAGCGGCUCUUCGGUCUGUUCUACGGCGACGCCUACGACGCCAUGCCAUACAAGGACACCAAGUGCGAAGAUCUGCGACAAGCGAUUGCAGAUUACGAGACAAAGGGUUUGGCCGCGCAGACGGGACUCAAGAGCGUGGAGAAGAGCCCAGUCGCGCCGGCGACCAAUCCAGGAGACGAAAAGACGGAGAGCUGA